UCCGUUCUCCAACACGUGAUUCAGAACCCGGAACAACAACAACAGCUCUAACUUUUGAGUCCAGUACUGCACAGCUCCGCAGGACAUUUUUGCAUUUUUCCCAGAUCUGAAGUGAAGUGUCGCUCCUGUAGGUUUGCAUCAAAACACCACCGGUUAUGUAUCCGGCUCUGCUGCACGUGUUGGUUCCUUUUUUGGUCUGCAUCGCCUUGGCGAACACCAGCCUGUUCGAUGGGGUUCAGGUGGACUUGUCCUAUGACCAUUACGCAGAAAAAACAGUGGAGCACCUGCCCGCUUUCUUGGCGAUGCCCUGUAACUGCCUGGUUAACUUGGCGUAUAUCCUCAUGGGGCUGUACUGGCUGCGGGGGCGGCCGGGCGCCAGGGAACCGCAGCAGGCUCGGUACAUGAGGGAGGUGUUCGCCCUCAUGGCUGUCUUGUACGCACCCGUGCAGUGGACGCGCCUGGCCACGUUGCGGCGCGCUCCGGCCGUGUUGGACCAGUGGUUCACCCUGCCUAUCUUCAUGUGGGUGCCGGUGUGGAUUGGCUUCAUAGAGCGCGGCCCGGCGGCGUGGCGCGCGGGGGACGCCGCGGCGCUCGAGCUGGGCUCCGUCUUCAGCUACGGGCUGUCGCUGGCGCACGAGCGCGGCUUCGAAGUGGCCCUGGGGUGUCACGUCGCCCUCGCGGUGUACACGGCGAUGCGCGUGCAGCUGCGGCACGGGGACGGGCUCUCGCGGGGAUACCUGCUGCUGGCGACGCUGUCGUGCGCCGGGUUCGUGCUGCUGAAGCUGCUGGACCACUGGCUCGCUCGGUACCGGCUGUUCCAGCGGCUAACCGGACACUUCUGGUCCAAAGUGUGCGACGUCCUGCAGUUCCACUUCAGCUUCUGUUUUCUGACCACGCUCACACAGAGAGCGCGCGGAAAGACGACAGCCAAACAGUAGCCUGUGUGGUUUAUUUUGAAGAGAAUGUACUGGCAUUUCCAUUCAAAAAUGCUGAAUCAAGGGCUCGAUGGUGGAUUAUAUGUAUGCCGAAUUGAAUACUGGCUCUGAAUGAUUUACUAUUGAGUUUUACUUAAUGACAUUGCUGUGGUGCUUUUUUGCCAUUAGGCAAAGCAACACUUAAUUGCCAGAUUUUGAAUGCAGUGUGACAAUGCCAAGAUGAAACCAUAUAUAUGGGACCAGGGCAGGGAUUCCUAGAUUGGUUUCUUCAUGUCAACUGAGAUUUUUUUUUUCACUCAUGUGAUUGUAAGAUAAUUUCUUAUUAUAUUAUUUGUAGACUGUUAUACAGUUCAAUAUUAAGUAACUAAACCUUAUAUAGAUCCCUGAUACUCAGUUAAUUGGAUCUGAUUGAGACUGCACUGACACUUAUAGUCACUGGUCAUCUCAGCUCAGUUGCAUAUGAAAAACAGCUAAUCAAAGAAAUUCCUGUAAAGAUAAUCCUUAUUUUUUAUGUAAACAUAACAUGAUAAAAUUAAUUUGUGAGAAAAUAAAAUAAGCAUCUUG